UCGUCCCCCUCACUCCGUUUUCCAGCGGUACAAGCACUCCGCCGGCUACGCGCCCGCCUCAGGCAACGCCAACGACCCCGUCGAGACCCUGCACGCGAAAUCCAACAGGCGCGCGAACGGAUCCUCGCCGGUCCGUCAAAGCCGACACUCGAGCAGCGUCUCGCUGCCAUCCCACCGGCGACACAUACGCCGAUCGCCCCGAAGCCGAUACUCAUCGACUUCGACAAGCACACUCCCGCAGACCUCGUCCGCAUCUUCACACCGAAGUUCGACGGCACGCUCAAACGCCUCGACGUCUUUGAGACUCUCGAGCUCGACGACCUCAACUCCGAUCGAGUCCGCAAUCUCCGCCGACUCAUCGAGCAGCUCACGCGCAUCAAGCGCUGCCUAGCGGACGUCUGUAACGUCAUCAAAUACGAGGAGUGGCGCAAGUGGGAAUUAGGGUGCAAGGAAAUAGGGGAUAUCUCGUUCAAAGGGCUACGCAAGAACAAAGCCCGGAUUGUACAAGCGCUUAGCGCAGUUUACGUGAACGGAUAUUUUGACGCAGUUAGGUUUUACGAGAACAAGUAG